AUGAACUGGUUCUUCUCCUCCUCUUCAGCAUCUGCUGCUGUACCCAGAAACGUGCAAUUGUCGGCAUCCACUCCUCAAGGUCGCAGUGCCCCGUCUCAAGACGAUGCGUCGCAGCAUAAAAAGCGCGGGAACGAUUGUUUCAAGCUGAAGAACUACGAGGCGGCGAUCCGCGCGUACUCGCUCGGGAUCGACGAGAAGCCCACUGCCACUUUAUACAGUAACCGCUCAGCUGCGUACUGUGCGUUGGGGCAGUUCCAAAGUGCAAGAGAAGAUGCUGAUGAAGCGAUCAAGUUGGACCCGGAAUGGGCCAAGACGUACUCGAGGAAAGGCAAAGCUCUCUAUGGGUUGGCCAUGUACAAGAAAGCAGCUGACGCUUACGCUCGUGGAUUGGAACUCUGUCUUCGAGGAGCUCUGGGGGAAGCUCUGCAGAGAGACAAAGAGAUGGAAGCGCUCAAGCGUCAGACUGACAGUCAAGCAGAAGCUUAUCUUCGCCUUAUGGAAGAGAAUACUCAGCUUAAGCACCAACUGGAAGACUAUCAGCACAUGUUUGGUGAAUGGACAAAGAAGGAAAUGUAA